AUGUGUUGUGUAGGUUCUGCCAUGGCAGAUGGUGUGGACCUCAGCCGAAAGUUUGUGUCAGAGUCUGAAUUAGACGAGAUUAGGAAAAAAAGGCAGGAGGAAUGGGAGAAGGUCCGCAAGCCAGAUGACCCGGAGGAGGCCCCCGAGGAGGAGUAUGACCCCCGAUCUCUGUACGAGAGGCUACAAGAGCAGAAAGACAAGAAACAGGAAGAAUAUGAGGAGCAGUUCAAAUUCAAGAACAUGGUUAAAGGCCUGGAUGAAGAUGAGACCAGCUUUCUUGACGAGGUCUCACGGCAGCAGUCUCUAAUAGAGAAACACAGACGGGACGAGGAAGCUCAGGAGAUAAAAGAAUACAGGAUAUCCUUUUACACCUUAAAGCGCACACAAUAUUACUAUCAGGAGGCGGUCGAGCCCAAAUCCCCAGGCGCGGGCGUGACUCGCUCAGGCAUCCUCCACCUGCCCUCCGCCGCUGUAUGCGUGGGCAUCCUGCCAGGGCUCGGCGCUUACUCGGGCAGCAGCGACUCGGAGUCCAGCAGCGACAGCGAAGGCUUGGGUGCCGCCCCCUCGCCUUCUCAGCGGUGCACUACCUAAAACGAUUUAACACUAGGUAUCCGUUAUUUCAGUGUUUCACUUUUGGAUAAAUCUGUUUGGUUACUUGCUUGAUGUUUAUUAAAGGCUGUAAUGUUAA